GGAGGACACUGAGUUUGCGCGUCGCCGCUGCUGCUGCUUUUUCUGCUCCUGGACGAACUUUCAGGAUUUCUGGACGCAAACGCGGAAACAUCCGGUUUUUUGAGGAAGCUGACGAGGAGGAGAAAGUGACUCGGAAGCGAGAUCAGAAUGUCGUCAUCGGCGGCGUCUUCGCUCCACCUCAGCCAGGACGGCGCGGUGCGCUACAAGAAGCGCAAAGCCAACUUCACUUUCAGCGAAGUGCACAUUCUGCUGGACGAAGUGCGCAAAAACCGGCACAUUGUUGUGGGUAAAUUUAAUUCAGGCAUUCCCAGCGAUGUGAAGAGGAGGAAGUGGACGGAGAUCACACAGCGCAUUAACGAAAUCGGCGAGUGUGACCGUGAAGUGGGCGAGGUCAUCAAGAAGUGGUCUGACCUCAAAUGCGACACCAAGCGCAAAAUCGCGGCGCUUCACUCGGGUGUGGCUCUGCCCCACUCCUCAGAACUCACGCAAACUGAAAACAUUGUGGGCUCCAUUCUGGAGCUGGACAAGAAGCCGUGGGAGGCGGCGCGCUCGUCACGGGGACGCAGCAGGAGCGAGGAUCAGGACCCGGCCGGAGCGGACGAGGACGAUGACAUCGCGUUCAUGGGGCCGGGGUCCGUUCAGGAUUCUCCCAGAUCGGGAAACGAGAUGAGGCCGAUGCCCCCGCCCCCUGCAGGAGCCCCUGUGGGGGGGUUCGAGAUGAAAUUUGACCCCCCGACUACCACAGACGCUGACUCCCGUGGGGUGGACUCGGAUGACGACCACCACGACAUGUUCCCCUCGUCGAUGAAUAACUCGUACACGGAGGAUGAUGGGAAUCUGAGCAAUGCCGCACACGUGUCCUCCUCCUCCACCAGUCACGCUCAGGCGGGGGCGGAGUCAGAGAGCGCACGUGAGCAGUUAGCACAGAGCGCGAGCCUGAGUGUGCAGGAGCAGCACAUGACGAACGCGCUGCUGGGCACGGUGUCACGCUCGCUCGAGCUCCUGGCCGAGUCGGUGCAGCAGCUGGCCGAGACGCAGCAGGAGUUUGCGCGGGAAUCGCUGCGGCUGCAGAGGGAGACCGUGCAGGUGCUGCGCGAAUUCGCCUCCGGGGCGCUGACGCUUCUGCACGAGAGGGUCAACGGCAAACCGCCGCUCAUUUAGACGACAGCGAAGAUCGAACAGCGUCACUGCCAAAAACGUUCCAAACGGCGUCAUGACUGCGCUCAUGCAGACCACGCUAACUUUAUCACAGUCUCAUCAAUCCGAGAGGAAAUUCUGCUCAGUUUUACAUUUUACUCUUACCAGUUGAACAGGAUCGUCUUUAAAAAAAAAAAAAACACACACACACACACACACACACACACACACACGCGCGCAAACCAAACGGUGUCCUUCUGAAUGAGACUGAUCCCCCAACUCAGGAGCACAAACGCUAAUUAGGCACCGCCUUCUGAAAACACAGAGUGCUAACGAUGAUGUCAUGAUGAUUAUGAAAUAUCGUGAUGUAAUCACUUUCAGCUCGGACCCUACAGCAGAGAAGCUCUACAGUCUCCGUGUUCCAAGAACGAUGUGAGAUUUCUAAAGAUCCAGAGAAACGACUUGGGCAUCGUUUAUUAAUGUCUCCGACUCAAAGGCUGCGCUUUUUGCAUCGCUGAUUCUGGUGAAAAUAUUCCUGAGACUUUCCCGAGUCGAGUUUUGUGCGUGACAGUGUUUUAAAUAUUUACAGAGAGAUUUUUUUUUUUAAAAAGCUUGUUUUCUUUUUGUGGGUUUUUUUUUGGUCUGUGGAAAAAAGAUACCUGGAUGUCAGGUGUCACUUUUAUGACGUCACUCCGAUAACUGAUAAAUUUUUGAAAGUGCUGAAAGCUCGACUGAGGUAAUAGACGACAGCGACGAUAGAUGGUUGCUAAGCAGCGAUGGGCGUGGUUUGGAUAUCUGUUGUGAUUGUGUGAUGAUAACGGUGUACUUUGUUUCUGUGGUGCGUUUUUCACACACUCGAGGAACAAAACGGUUAAACUGGCUGCAUUGUUACAUCAUUACCGUCGUUCAUGAUAUUCUCACCACACGCCACGCCACGCCGCUGAAACGGGAUUCCUUAGUCUGAGCUGCCAUGGGUUUUUUUUAUACCUUUGUUUUUUCCGUAACUCUCGCCUGGUGAACUGAAUUAUCGUGUUGGUUUCAUGGCCUCGUUUUACCUGUCAAUUUUGUGAGCUGCCUUCAAAGGCAGCUUUGUUCCAAAUGAACGUCAUCUGAUGAUGUUCCGAAGACACGAUUAUAUGACGGGGAUUUUUUUUGUUGUUGUUGUUUUUAUUUUCCAUCUUUUUUUUUUUUACCGUAAAAAUUGCCUCUGAUGAAAAGGUGUUGAGGUUUUUCUGUCCAAAAAAAAAGAAAAGGUAUUAUUCUUCUGGAUGCCAUACAUCAUGUACAUUUGUCUCAAAGAAGUGAAAUAAAGUCCCUGCUGCUC